UGGACGGGGUCAACACCCACCGGAAACCGUUUCAGCACCAGUAGAAACGGAAAAGGGGAGAACAACCAGCAUAUAUGAUUUUCUUUUCGUUCUCCGCCGUGCACAAAUGUCUAUUUUCGGCCACCGUUCCCUAAAACGAGUUUGGAGGCAACCGGUUGCCAGAAGUAGGUGUGUUGAAGCCGCUCCGGCCGAGAGGAGACUUGUGUGGGAGGAGGCACACAGUCUCUCCCCAUGAUAAACCGUCAUUACCGGCGAUUGAACCAGCCAUGGACUGCUGCCAUGAGUAUUCUUGAACAGUAUUAGCAAGCUGUUUGUCCGUCUUGCUACGGGUGCAAUAUGCCCAAUCGACGAUGGUAUUUGAGGUUUGUCAGCACCUGAUGAUACGGGCCUGCUUUUCUCCAUCGGGACAUUUUCUGGCAGGAGGAAACCCGCUAGGUGAUAACCUGACGAGCUAACACCGCAAGCUUUAGGCUUCCCUCCACUGCACCUCUGGGCUAUGACGACGGAUUAAACCUGCCCAUGAGCGCAGCAGGCACCGUACAACAUCAGAACAUUUGAACCCGAAGGUGUUGUAUGGGAUUCCUCUCGGCGGCGGAGAAGCGGGCCUGAGCCAACAUGGUGACCUGGAGGCGGCUGCUGCGAGUGUCCAACCGCUCGUUUUUGGCCUUCAUUUUCUUCUUCUCAAUGUUCACUACCUGCCUGUACUUCAUCUAUGCGGCACCGGGCAUAGCCAACACAUACUUCUUCAUGGUGCAGGCCCAGGGCAUCAUGUUGAGAGACAAUGUGAGGACCAUUGGACACAUGAUCCGAUUGUACACCAAUAAGAACAGCACACUUAACGGCACAGACUACCCAGACGGCAGCAAUUCCAGUGAACUCCUGAUCCAGCCCACCACCUUUCUCCCAGAAAACUUCACCUACGCCCAGAACCUCCCCUGCCCCGAGCGAUUACCUUCUAUGAAGGGCCCAAUAGAAGUCAACAUGACUGAGAUCCCUAUUGAAGAGAUGGAGCUCAAGUUCUCAACGUUUUUUGACAUUAAAUUUGGGGGCCAUUGGAAACCAAAAGACUGCAAACCACGCUGGAAGGUGGCCGUCCUGAUCCCGUUCCGGAACCGUCAUGAGCACCUGCCCAUCCUCUUCCAGCACCUCACCCCCAUGCUACAGAGGCAGCGCCUGCAGUUCUCCUACUACGUCAUCGAGCAGACGGGGAGCCAUCCCUUCAACCGGGCCAUGCUGUUCAACGUGGGCUUCCUGGAGGCCAUGAAGGACCUGGCCUGGGACUGCCUGGUGUUCCACGACGUGGACCACAUCCCCGAGAACGACCGCAACUACUACGGCUGUGGGCAGAUGCCGCGCCACUUUGCCGCCAAGCUCGACAAAUACAUGUACAUACUCCCUUAUAGCGAGUUCUUCGGUGGCGUAAGUGGACUCACGGUGGAGCAGUUUCGCAAGAUCAACGGCUUCCCCAAUGCAUUCUGGGGCUGGGGAGGAGAGGACGAUGACCUGUGGAACAGGGUGCACUACGCCGGUCUCAACGUCACGCGGCCAGAGGGCGAGAUGGGCAAGUACAAGUCCAUACCACACCACCACCGAGGAGAAGUGCAGUUUCUUGGGAGGUACAAGCUGCUGAGGUACUCCAAGGAGCGGCAGCACCUGGAUGGGCUGAACAACCUGCGUUACGUGGCCCGCGUCUCGCUGCACGGCCUCUACAAGAACAUCACGGUGGACCUGCAGCCGGAGCUGGCGCCCAUCGCCGACUAUUGACACCCCCCUCCCCCCCCCCCGCCACACACACGCACUCACACACACUCACGCACAGCUUCUCCCGUUUCACCCAUCCCCCCCAUCGUUAUACCCCCCCCCUCCCCCUGUACUGCCCCCCCCCCCCCCCUCUCUUCUCCCCCAGGGACAGACCUGCUGUUAAGCAGGAGCAGGGUAAGAGAGUGGGGGCCGGGUUGGGUGGGGGGGGGGGGGUUUACAGGGUUAGGCAUUAACACGCCAGGUGUUAACAUUGUAACGACUUUGUUCUGAAGAGGAAUCCAAAUGGAGGAAGAUGAAGAAAAAAAAGAACAUGGAGGAAGUGUGUGUGUGUGUGUGUGUGUGUGUGGCGCCGUGAAGUGCAACGGAGAGACGUGUGAAGGAAUGAAUCGCAUGUCGAAGCGUGUUCUGGGACCACUGGAGCUUCUACCCCCCCCCCCCCCCCCCCCCCCCCUCCCCCCGGGCGCAGUCAGGGGGGGGGGUGCUAAUGUUGUGCUGUGGCGCCUUAAAUGUGGGUUGGCUCGGUAGCGUCCUGGCCUGACCCCGGCUCAGCGCUUCACACGUCUUCACCCUCCAACGCCAACCGGUCUGUAUCGCUUUGUGUACGGUCACUUUCGUUUUGUUUUUAUCAAUUUAUUUUUCUGCCAAAGCAUAUCUUCUCGUUCUUCUGAGAGAUGAAAAUAUUCCUUAAAAACAGGUGCAGGAAACGAGAAGAGUCGACAUACAUGUCUGUGACAAAAUUGUGUAUUUUUUUAGCUUUUUCUUAUGUAUUUAUUUGUCCUCUUGCAGAAGCACUCCUUGUCUGCGCCGCGAACGUUUUGUGUGUUUUUGUUUCGUUUUUCGCUGCACUAUCGCUGAGAUCUGCAUGCACAGAACAUGUAUUGUGAAUAUCGGCUCAAGUGUGCGAACACUAGUAUGUAUAUAUCGGCAUUUUUAACGCACAAGCGUUAUUCCAGUGGGUUUUAGAUUUUUUUUUUUUGGCAGCUACUUUUCUCUCUUAGGAACUGAACAUAUGAGUGAGUGGCUUGUUCCAGAUCUAGGAGGAAACCCCUACAGGAAAAAAAUAUGUAUAGGAUGUUUGGCAUAGAAAAAAAAAAAGAUAAAACAAAAUCCCUAGAUUUCAAUUUAUCGUUUGCAUGCCUUAAUUUUUCUUUUCAACAGAUGUUUAUUUUCCUCCUCCUCCCCCCAAACAUAAUUUAUGAUAUCAUUUUCUAGAUGUGUAUAUUUCUAUUGAGUUUCUUUUUGUUGAGGUACUUUUCUUUUUAUUUCUUUUGAGGUGCACUGUGUGGAAACCUAAAGAGCAAGUCGUUUCACAGUAGUAGCAGACGUGUGACUACACCAUGCCUUUUCCCUUCACACGUAUGGCGAGGUCGGGAACUGGGCAUGGGAUGUGUCACAAUUGGUGGACAAAGGUGUGCGUUUGUGUGUGUGAGAGAGAGAGAAUCUGUCUUUGUGUGAGAGGGAGAAUGUGUUUUUGUGUGAGAGAAUGUGUGUGCAUGAGUGUCAGUAUCUGUGGCUACCAGAACCAUGAGACAGAAGUCAACCCCUUGCCAUGCUGUACUUUAAGCCCUGGUGCACAGCAAUCCCUAACUGAAGUGUCAAAAGUAGGAUCGUCAUGGCUUUGUCUAGACAGUGUUGUUUCUAUUGGUUGGUAAUCUUUGUUGUGGUCCUUAUUUUCCGAGGCUGACAAGGCUAUAAGAUGGGCCAGAAUGAGAGAACCCUAGCUUCAAUGUGUGGUGUUUCUUGAAUGGCAUUGUGUGAGUCUUUGGCCAUGAAAACUUUAAUUUGUUAAAGCUUUGAGUGCUAUAAAAGAAACUUGUUGGCAAUGGUGAACCCCUUUUCACACGUUAUCCCCUUAUGUUUACCCUUGCAUUCAUGCUAUGACCUUACCAAUGUGUUUUUUGAUAUAGUAACCGUGUUUGUUUUAUAUUUUGUUUUAUGUGGACGUCUGCAUCUCAAACGCGACACGGCGGCCAUUGCCUUUUUGUGCUGGUGACGCAGAGUCGCUUAGCCAAGUGGGUUGAACCUCCAUCCGCCUCAUUAUCAUUUGGAAUGUGUUCGCAAUGCUGAGUUUAGGAGCAGCCCGCAGAUGUUUACACACGUGUUCCCUUAGAAGAAGUAGCGACUGCUGAACCAAAUAAAUCUGGGUUCAGGAACACGACAACAAACAGAGCAGUUUUAUUGUUUGCAGCCCAUCUGGUUGGUAGGCAACUGUGGUUCUUAAUUGACCGACAUUCGUUUUAGAAGUGAGCGGUGCCAAAGUAUUUUUGUGUGUUGUAUUUUUUGCCUCAUUGAUACAAAAACUCUCUAUUUCCCCCCCCCCCCCCCCCCCUCCCUCCUGUUUCUGACCUCUCAUGGUAAAUGUGUCCAUUGGGGUCAGAACUCUGUUGGUGUUCUUCAUGCCGGUGCUUAUGGGUUACUAUGCUUUAGUUAUGGGACAUCCACUGCAGUUGGCAUAACCAGGGAUCGACACCUAGAAAGCUAGCACUACUGGAUGGAAACGGGAUGAUUUAGAAUAAACCAAAUGGUCGUGGCACCCAUUCAAAGUUGAGAAAGUUAUGGGUGAUUUCUCGCCCACUUAUUCUGUUAUGAUCACCCCUCUCAAAAGCAGUAAAAAUUUAAAUAAAGAUAACUUGUAAGAAAAUAUUUUGGGAGACCUAAUGUCAAAAAUAGGAUUUUUCCAGUUAGCGCUACAGUGUAGCGCUUUUCUACUCCAAGGAUUUGUGCUAUGUUCAGGGUAACGACCACGACUCAAAAUCAAUAAGAAAAAAACAAACAUAAAAAGAUGUGGCUCAUCACUUUUGAAUGUGCACAGGCACAUUCAAAGGUUAAGGCCAAAUGCGUCCCUUGUGGUUAAGAUCCAUCUUCAGAAGUAGUGGUGGUAAUGUCGUGGGGUGCCGGCCGUCCUUGGUAGAGAGGUGUUGGUGGGAUCUCUGUUUUUAGAUCCCACAUGAUCCUGUUCAGCUUGUCCGGUCUUUUUAUUUAUUUUUAUUUGAUACAAAGUUCGAAACAUUUCAGAAUUCCACCGUCACCAGUGCGCAACGUCAAUGUUAAAUUUUGCAGUAUUCAUAUUUGUGCCUUGAUUUUUUUUCCAGGCCUUUUUUUCAAUUUGUAUUCUUAAAUUAUAUAUCAAAAGUGAUUUGGUUUGUUUUGAAACUGAAUUAAGUGCACAUGCUCUGGUUAAAAUAUUUGUUCUGAUUAAGUUUUACAGUGUUAAGUCUUACUGUGUUAAAUAUUCUUGCGAACUGGAUGAGUAUGUUCAACAGAGAAAAAAUAAUUUCAAAUGUUUUGUUUGUCUUGUUUUUAUUCAACAAGUGGCAUUACAAAAAACAACUAUUUAUCAUGGCCCUUUUUCUUUUGCUUCUGUGAAACCAAAUGCGACCACAAGGUGCAAGUUGAUAAUUGGCUUGUGGCUAACAAUAUUCUUAACUGGCCCUUACAUGUCUUAAAGUAUGUAGGAAAUUAAAAAUACAGCAGUAUCCAUCCACGUUCUACCAAUCAGUACCGACACUGCAUGUGUCUCCUGGUCCUCGGCACCAUCACCGCAGAGGAGACAUGCCCUGCAGGUAGUGCUCUUUGGCCGCACUAGACUCUGCAAGACCCUAGUUCUCAUGACCAAUGGGAGCUGGGCAAAAUAUAAACUGGUAAGAGCACAUCAACCUUAGCUGACAGGUUUUUUUUCCUUUAGAUCACGUUUUUCGAUUAGAAAAUAAGAUCAUCUACUAAAGAUAGAAUGACUAUUCUGCACAUGCUCAUGAAAUGCGGCUGUAGUUGUAGCACUCUUUUUUUUGGCCAGAAGAAUGUUCCAUAAUUCUUCCGACACGGUACAUUUUACUUUUUACGUGCCAAGGUUGAACCAUUGGUGAUGACGUCAAGCUCUUAGUCUUGGGGAAUCAUCCAGGAAGAAGUUAAGUCUGCUGUUAACUGUCAGUUUUUGUACCUUUUUUUUUUUUGGUUAACUGAAAAUAAACUCUCCAUUGCCAUGUUCUUGAAAACCA